CCACACCAUUGCUAUUGACCUCCAAAACUCUUCUUCUUCCUUCUACCUCAACUUCUCUGGUUCAUUCGCCUUCAUUUUCCAGCAUCCAUCAGCCAUGCCCUCCAACAGCUCCACCGCCGAAGCUAAUCUCGCCAAUGCCAAGGCCCUUCUUACUGCCGCCGCAUCCUUCGCUGCCACCGUCGUCCUCGCUCGCUCCGUCGCCAACGACUUAUUGCCGCCCCAACUCCGAUCAUAUUUCUAUAAUGCCUUUCUUAACAUCUUCGACCGAUUCUCCUCCCAACUCACCAUGGUCAUCGACGAGAGGGAUGGCCUCGACCCCAACCAAAUCUACGACGCCGCCGACACCUAUUUGGCCACCAGAGUCUCCCCCUCCACUCACAGACUCAAAGUCUCCAAGCCCGAGAAGGAAGAUAGCAUCACCACUACAAUGGAAAGCAACCAGGAAAUUACCGACACCUUCAAUGGCGUCCAAUUUCACUGGGUCCUCGUCUGUAGCCAAAUCGAGGGACAGAACUUCCACAACGCUCGUUUGCCCUUCCGAUCCACCGUCAGAUCGUUCGAGCUCUGUUUUCAUAAGAAACACAGAGACAUGGUCCUCAAAUCCUAUUUACCCCACAUUCUCCACCAGGCCAAAGAGAUCAAGCAGCAGACCAAAACCCUGAAGAUCUUCACCUUCGAUUACCGUCAAAUGUUCGGCAACAUUUCGAAUUUAUGGGUUCCGACCAAUCUCGAUCAUCCCAGUACGUUUGAGAAGCUCGCCAUGGACUCUGAGAUCAAGAACUUCAUUCUGAGUGACCUUGAACGGUUUGUGAAGAGGAAGGAGUUUUACAGGAAGGUGGGUAAGGCCUGGAAGAGAGGGUAUUUACUCUACGGUCCCCCAGGAACAGGGAAAUCGAGCUUGAUUGCAGCAAUGGCGAAUUACUUGAAAUUUGAUGUGUAUGAUUUGGAAUUAACAGAGAUCCAAUGUAAUUCUGAUCUUAGGAAAUUGCUAAUUGGAAUGUCGAAUCGUUCGAUUUUAGUAGUGGAGGAUAUUGAUUGUUCAAUCGAGUUCCAAGAUCGAGAGUCGAGAACCGAAGAAGACGGCGCAUCGUCUACGAGGAGAAGAGCGCAGGUGACAUUAUCGGGGUUGUUGAAUUUCAUCGACGGGCUGUGGUCGAGCUGCGGUGACGAGAGGAUUAUUAUAUUCACGACGAACCGUAAAGAGAAAUUGGAUCCGGCGUUGCUCCGGCCGGGAAGAAUGGACGUUCAUGUUCACAUGUCGUAUUGCAGCCCUUGUGGGUUCCGGCUUCUGGCCUCCAAUUACCUUGGGAUUCAGAAUCACGAGAUGUUUAGCGAGAUUGAGGAGCGGAUUUUGAGCACAAAAGUGACUCCGGCGGCGGUGGCGGAGCAGCUGCUGAAAGGUGAAGACAGUGACAAAGCAUUAAGGCAUUUGAUGGAGUUUCUGGAAGCUAAAGAACGGGAGAAAGAAGAAGCGGAGCUCAAAAUCCGAGAAGAUGGAGAAAAGAAGGAGAAGAAGGCGGAGAAUAUAAAAUAACUCCCAACUUUAUAUUAUUAUUAUUAUU